ACUUUUCUUCUCUGUUGGGUUCCGACAUCAUUGGCUCCGUGGGGCAGCGAAGAACAGAAGAAGAAGAAGAAGAAGUAAAAAAACAGUAGAAAUCAGAUUCUCUCCCUAUCACAAGCUUGAUACUUCGCUACAAAGCAAUCUCAUUUUUGCGUUUCGAAAGGGAAGCACUUGGUAAUAUCAUCUAUGGCGGAGAAACUCGAGCCGGCGAAGGUUUUGUACUGCGGGGUUUGCUCUCUUCCAGCGGAAUACUGCGAAUUCGGUCCCGAUUUCGAGAGAUGUAAGCCAUGGCUCGUUGAAAACGCCCCGGAUCUCUAUCCUGAUCUCCUCAAAGAAGCUAAUGAGAAGGCAGCAGAUAAUGUUUCUGACAAACUCCAGUCCGUGGGAAUCUCUUCAGGUGGCGCUGAUGGGGCACCAUCUUCAGCUCAUACUGGAGGGACAUCCAAGAAAGAAGAAGUGAAACGGCUUCCUGGGGGAAAAGUAAAAAAGAAAGAGAGACAAGAAGUUAUUAUAGAAAAGGUUGUGCGCAACAAGCGCAAAUGUAUCACCAUUGUGAAAGGACUAGAACUGUUUGGGAUAAAACUCAGUGACGCAUCCAAAAAGCUGGGGAAGAAGUUUGCCACUGGAGCAUCAGUUGUCAAGGGACCAACUGAAAAGGAGCAAAUUGACGUUCAAGGAGAUAUAAUCUAUGAUAUCGUGGAAUUCAUUACAGACACUUGGCCCGACGUGCCUGAAAGAUCCAUUUACUUUAUCGAAGAUGGGAAGAAGGUUCAGGCGGCUUGAUGAUCACCUUUGUCUGGGUUUUUUUGGCAUGGCAGGUUCUUGUAGACAAAUCUAGUUCCUGAGUCCUCCCAUGUCUUUGGAGGAAAUCGCAUCGCUAUAAUAACUUACGUAACGUAUAGUUUGGGUUAUCAUACUAUUUUCUUGUUCGGAUCUCGAUAAUUCCAGACGUGUUUCUUCAAAUAUUUCUGUUGGUGGGUUUGAAAAUUUAUAAUUUAAUGCUUUUUCUU